UCGGUAAGCACGACGAGUGGCCGUAAUUUCUAAAACCAUAAACCCUCGUCUCCACCGGGUGAAAAAAUUCUACCAAUUUCAGAAAUAAAUACUACGCGAAGUAGCAGAUCCGUCCUCGGACGGAGCAUCAAAUUGCUGCUAGAGAUGAAGAUCAGAGACGCUUGGCUACAUUUUGCGAUCCUAAUCUUCUCAUUUUCAGUUGCUUGCGCUGAUUCGAUUCACGGUUGUGGCGGAUUCGUCGAGGCAAGUUCGUCACUGAUUAAGUCGAGGAAGUCAACCGAUACAAAAUUGGAUUAUUCUCAUAUAACGGUUGAGCUUCGCACCGUAGAUGGAUUGGUGAAGGACAGAACCCAGUGUGCACCAAACGGUUACUACUUCAUUCCAGUAUACGAUAAGGGUUCAUUUGUAAUUAAAAUCAAUGGACCAGAAGGGUGGUCAUGGCUUCCAGAAAAUGUUCCUGUUGUUGUUGAUGACACCGGCUGCAACCGUAAUGAAGAUAUUAACUUCCGAUUCACAGGGUUCACUUUAUCUGGUAAAGUUUUGGGAGCAGUAGGUGGAGAGAGUUGUUCAGUUAAAAAUGGGGGUCCUUCGAAUGUAAAUGUUGAGCUAUUGUCUCCUAGUGAUGAUCUCAUUUCUUCUGUUGCAACAUCACCAACAGGCAGUUACUUGUUCACCAAUAUCAUCCCAGGAAAAUACAAAAUUCGUGCAUCACAUCCUGAUCUAAAAGUUGAAGUCAAAGGUUCCACAGAGGUGGAAUUGGGUUUUGAAAAUGGCAUAGUGGAUGACAUUUUCUUUGUCCCUGGAUAUGAUCUCCGUGGAUAUGUUGUUGCUCAGGGAAAUCCAAUAUUGGGAGUGCACAUUUAUUUAUAUUCAGAUGACGUUGUAGAAGUAGUUUGUCCCCAAGGUUCUGGUGAUGCCACAGGGCAAAAGAAACCUCUUUGCCAUGCUAUAUCAGAUGCUGAUGGGAUGUUCACAUUUAAAUCAAUACCUUGUGCACGAUAUGAGCUCCUUCCAUUUUACAAGGGUGAGAAUACAGUAUUUGAUGUUUCACCUCCUGUUUUGUCGGUUUCUGUUGAGCAUCAGCAUGUAACAGUUCCCCAAAAGUUUCAGGUCACUGGAUUUUCUGUUGGAGGGCGAGUGGUUGAUGAGAAUGCCAUGGGAGUAGAGGGUGUUCAAAUCAUUGUUGAUGGUCAUGAAAGGUCUACAACUGAUAAAGAAGGCUACUACAAACUUGACCAAGUCACAUCAAAUCAUUAUACAAUAGAGGCCAGGAAGAAGCAUUACAAGUUCAACAGCUUGAAGGAGUAUAUGGUUUUGCCAAAUAUGGCUUCAGUGGCAGAUAUUAAGGCAGUUUCCUAUGAUGUUUGUGGAGCGGUUAGGAUGGUUAAUACUGGUUACAAGGCAAAGGUAACUUUGACUCAUGGACCGGAGAAUGUCAAGCCUCAAGUUAGGCAAACUGAUGAAACUGGAAGUUUCUGUUUUGAGGUUCCACCCGGUGAAUAUCGUGUGUCUGCUUUUGCUGCUACUCCUGAGAGUGCUCCUGGACUUCUGUUUUUACCACCUUAUAUUGAUAUUGUGGUUAAAAGUCCAUUAUUGGAUUUAGAAUUUUCUCAGGCCCUUGUCAGUGUGCUUGGCUCUGUAACUUGCAAGGAGAGAUGCGGUUCAUCUGUUUCUGUUUCCCUAGUGAGACUAGCUGGUAAGCAUAACGAAGAAAGGAAGUCAAUUAGUUUGACAGAUGAGAGUGAUGAAUUUCUCUUUCCGAAUGUCUUACCUGGAAAAUACAGGCUUGAGGUCAAGCAUAGUUCCCCUGAAGCCAUGCACCGUCAAGAUAAUUGGUGCUGGGACCAGAGCUUCAUUGAUGUGGACGUUGGUGCUGAAGAUGUUAAAGGAAUUGUAUUCAUUCAGAAAGGUUACUGGGUCAAUGUUAUCUCAACCCAUGAUGUAGACGCUUACCUGUCUCAGCCAGAUCAUUCAAUUAUUGAUUUGAAAAUUCAGAAAGGUUCCCAGCAUAUCUGUGUAGAAUCUCCUGGUGUGCAUGAGCUUCACUUUAUUAACUCAUGUAUUUUCUUUGGAAGCAUGCCAAUGAAGAUUGAUACAUCAAAAACAUUGCCUAUCUAUAUGAGAGGAGAGAAGUAUCUUCUUAAAGGACAAAUCAAGGUCGAGUCAAGCUCGGCUGAUGAUGCAUUUGAAUUACCUAAUAAUAUCAUUGUAGAUAUUCUUAAUAGCGCGGGCAGUGUUGUUGAUGGUACAACUGCCAACCUUUCAUCUAGUGGAAGUGAUCAAACAACCACUGGUUUGUAUGAGUACUCUGUUUGGGCGAAUCUUGGAGAGAAACUUAUCUUUGGUCCUCGAGAUUCUAGGGUUAAUGGAGAGAAGCAGAUCUUGUUUUACCCCAAAGAACAAAGCGUAUUGGUAACAAAUGAUGGUUGUCAAGCUCCAAUUCCUCCGUUUUCUGGUCGUCCUGGUUUAUAUAUAGAAGGACACGUUUCUCCCCCUCUUCCUGGUGUUUAUGUUAAGAUUAUUGCUGUGGAAGAUAGCCACGUUACAUCACUUAAGAAAGAUGAAAUGGCACUUGAAACUACCACAGGAAUAGAUGGUUCUUUCAUUGGGGGGCCUUUAUACGAUGAUAUAACAUACAGGGUUGAAGCUUCAAAGCCUGGCUAUCAUCUUAAACGUGUGGGACCUUAUUCCUUUUCUUGCCAGAAGCUUGGCCAAAUUUCUGUACAUAUAUAUUCAGAGGGUGCCUCUGAUGCUAGUGAACCUAUUCCUCUAGUCCUGUUGUCAUUGAGUGGUGAUGAUGGGUAUCGGAACAACUCAUUAUCUGGAGCUGGUGGAACAUUUGUCUUUGAUAAUUUAUUCCCUGGCAUCUUCUAUCUGCGGCCCUUGUUUAAGGAAUAUGCUUUCUCACCUUCAGCACUGGCAAUAGAGCUUGGGUCUGGGGACUCUAAGGAAGUCACUUUCCAGGCCACUCGUGUUGCUUACAGUGCUACAGGUAUGAUCACGCUGUUGUCUGGCCAGCCAAAAGAAGGGGUUGCAGUUGAAGCUCGGUCCGAGUCAAAGGGUUACUAUGAAGAGACAGUAACAGAUUCAUCUGGAAAUUACAGGCUGAGGGGGCUCAUUCCUGAUACAGUCUAUGUGAUUAAAGUAGUUGAAAAGCAUGGCUUGGGUACCACUCGAAUUGAACGUGCAUCACCAGAAUCUAUUACUGUUAAGGUUGGAUCUGAAGAUAUCAGGGGAUUGAAUUUCAUUGUUUUUGAACAACCAGAGAUGACCAUUUUAAGUUGUCAUGUUGAAGGGAAGAGGAUGGAAGAAUUCCAUUCACAUCUGUUGGUAGAGAUCAAGUCAGCUAGUGACACUUCUAAAAUUGAGUCGGUCUUCCCAUUGCCAUUGUCCAACUUCUUCCAGGUUAAGAACUUGCCAAAGGGUAAACAUCUCCUGCAGCUUAGAUCAAGUCUCCAGUCAGGCAACCUCAAAUUUGAGUCUGAUGUUAUUGAGGUUGACCUUGACAAGACUGCCCAAAUUCAUGUGGGCCCACUGAGAUACAAUUUUGAGGAGGAUCACCAAAAACAGGAGUUGACUGCAGCGCCGGUCUUCCCUCUUGUUGUCGGGGUUUCAGUAAUUGCACUUUUCAUAAGCAUACCAAGAUUGAAGGAUCUGUAUCAAACAACAACAGGAAUUCCAGCACCAGGAUUUAUGACCACUGCAAAAAGGGAACCUAGAAAGUCGGCUGUGCGGAAAAAGACAUAUUGAAGAUCCCUCCUGCUAAGAAUUAAGAAGCACGCAAACAGCAUAUCGAGGGUAGAAGCUUGGCCUCCAUUUCAGGUUUCGGCCAGUCACGUAGCUAACUUACAUGGGAUCCUAGCAUUUUUGUAUAAUGACUAAACUUUCUUUCCCUUUCUUUUCUACUUUUCUCAAUCCAUGUCUCAUUUUUAAUGUUUAAAAUUUAUCAUUAUUACUUAAUUUUUGUUAGAAUAGGAGGUAUAUUGAGCUCAUAACUUCAUCUUUAUGUAUGUGUCUACGAAUUAAUCUGCCUUGAACAGUUGGACACACCCAAGUUCUCUAAUUUGUAGGAGUGAAAGUGGAAAUAACUUCCAUUCUCGUC